GGGGCGGCGGCAGCAGCUCGCGGCGGCGGGGCCACGUGCGCGGGGCCCGGCGGUGGCGGAGCAGCCCCGCGGAGCCGCCUCCUUCUCCCGCGCCCGCCAUGGAGCCCGCCGGCCUCUUCCCCCCGUUCCCCGCCGCCUGCCUCCCCGCACAGCCCGCGCCCGCCCCGCCGCCCGCGCCCCGCGCGGCCGAGACCACCCGCAUCAUCACCGACCCCAUCUCCGGCCGCUCCUAUUGCAAGGGGCGCCUGCUGGGAAAGGGUGGGUUUGCACGAUGCUAUGAAAUGACAGACCUCUCCAGCAACAAAACCUAUGCUGUGAAGGUCAUUCCUCACAGCCGGGUGGCUAAACCCCACCAGCGGGAGAAGAUCACCAAUGAGAUCGAGCUGCACCGGGACUUGCACCACAAGCACAUUGUCAAGUUCUCCCACUACUUUGAGGACAUGGAGAGCAUCUACAUCUUCCUUGAGCACUGUAGUAGGAAGUCCCUGGCCCACAUCUGGAAGGCCCGCCAUACUCUGCUGGAACCAGAAGUACGCUAUUACCUCAAACAGAUCAUCUCAGGAUUGAAAUACCUUCACCUCAAGGGCAUCCUGCACAGAGACCUCAAGCUAGGCAACUUUUUCAUCAAUGAAAACAUGGAGCUGAAAGUGGGGGACUUUGGGCUAGCUGCUUGCCAGGAUAUCUCUGACCAGAAGAAAAAAACAAUAUGUGGGACCCCCAACUACUUGGCUCCAGAAGUGUUGCUGAGGCAGGGCCAUGGGCCGGAAUCAGAUGUGUGGUCUCUGGGCUGUGUCAUGUACACCCUGCUGUGUGGGAACCCUCCCUUCGAGACCUCUGACCUCAAGGAGACCUACAGGUGUAUCAAGCAGGUGGAGUACACCCUCCCUGCCUUCCUCUCCUUGCCGGCCAAGCACCUCAUUGCUGGCAUCCUCAGACGCAACCCCCAGGAUCGUCUCACCCUUGAGGAGAUCUUGGACCAUGAGUUCUUCAAGGGCUACACGCCUGAGAAGCUCCCUCCCAGCAGCUGUGUGAUGGCUCCAGAGCUGAGUCCCCCCAACCCAGCAAAGAGUCUGUUUGCUAAAGUCACCAAGACACUCUUCGGGAAGAAGAAACCUAAGGCCAAGAAAGGCUCUCUGGAGGACAAGGAUGACAUCUCCAAGCUGGUUACUGGGCUGAUGAAGACCUCGAUCUGCAGGCAGAUGAGUUAUAAAACUGUGGAAGGGAAUGAGGCCACCCGUGUAUCGUGCCGCAGUGCCAGCUCCAGCCCUGUGGAGACAGUGAUGGAGGAGACAUCUCACAAGUCUGUGUCCCCCUCCAUCCGGGGGACGAUGGCCAGCAGCUGUGAGGCCUGUCAUCUUCUCUCCACAGCCUUUGAAGACUGCAUCACCACCUCUGCCAUCAUCGAGUCGGCUGUCCGACUCCUGCGGACCUGCCUCUCCUCCAUGCCCCCAGCGGAGAAAAAUCCAGCUUCCCUGGCCCGUCACGAACACUUUGUUUGGGUGAGCAAGUGGGUGGAUUACUCCAACAAAUAUGGCUUUGGCUACCAGCUCUCCAACCGCAGCAUUGGGGUCCUCUUCAACAACGGCACACACAUGAUACUUUCCCCCAACCACAGGACUGUGCAUUACAACCAAACAAACAGCAAGCACCUUGUGUUCUCUGUGGCCGCCAUCCCCGAACAGUUGCAGGGACAGAUGAGUGUCUUGCGCUACUUUGCAUCCUACAUGGAGCAGCAUCUCAUGAAGGGAGGUGACUUGCCCAGCAUAGAUGACCUCGGACAGCCAGCCCUACUCCUCCUGCAGUGGUUUAAGACUGACCAAGCCUUGCUCAUGCUGUUCAGCAGUGGCACCCUCCAGGUGAACUUCUACAAUGACCAUACAAAGGUGAUAAUUAGCAAGCCUGACCACUCCUGCCUCGUCACCUACAUCAACCGGGAACGCAACUCCUACACCUACAAGCUGUGCAGCAUCCAGGAGCUAGGCUGCUCUCCUGAGCUCCACCACCGCCUCAGAUACAUCCUCAAGCUUCUCCAGGAACAGGCUGAGGCCUAGUAUGGGACCUCAGGGGGUCUUCUCUGAAUGCAGAGGUCUCCCCUGCCCUCCCACAGGAUGGGAGGUAUGUUGUGGUGCUGGCUGCCCACCUGGGCACCCUUUAUCCUGGUGCUCAGCUGGACUCUGGACUAAAACAUGUGGAUGUGGUUACAGCAGCAGGUCUGGAUGUCCUUGUUGCUCCCUGGCUCUGGGCAAUUGCUGUCUUCCCACUAGCAGCUCCUGCUCUGGUGGUGCUGGUCUUGGUGGGGUGGACUGGGGGGGUCACAGGGAGGUGGUGGGUGAGUGCCCUGCAGCCAGGUUUGGGGCUGGCUGUGCCUCAUUUGUGGCCUGGUGCUCCUGGCUGGCAGCUGCCUGCAGCAAGGGCUCAGAUUGACCUGAUGAGGGUGAUGCACCGGUGGCACAGACCCUGUUUUGUGGCUUGGUGAGGACCAGCACAGCCUUGACCUCAAGGUUUGGCUGCUGUGGGGUAGAAAAAACCCCUUGCCAGGGGUUGACAGGGGUGAAGGGUGCUGCCUGCCCUGCCAGGAGCUGUGGAGGCUGGUGUGCGCCCUUCUACCAUGGCUACACUAAGGAGGGGGCUGUGCUGGGCCCAGCUGUGACCUUUCUGCUACAAAAUUGUGAAUUGUCUGGUACAACUUGAGGUUUGAUAAUGGGGAGGUGGGUGGGAAUGGGACCUGAGGGCUUGCCUGGAGAAGCCCUUGUCUCGCUGGGACCUGGGGAGGUUUCCUGUUUCUAGGCAAUCUCUGCCAUGUGGGACUAUUUAUGUAUCUUAUUUAUAUGGAAUUAUUUAUUUUCCUGUUGGUCUGUUCAUGUGCAGCUCCCCUGUCCCUGACUCACCUCAAUAAAAAAUGUUUUGUGUAAGGGCAAA